AUGUCGCUAGUGACAAAGUCUCGGAGACUCGCCAAGACUUGUUGUCGUCUCCUACGCUUCAAACGCUGUCAACGUGUAGCACUACGCGGUAUUACCGCCAGAGCUGCCGCAAUCGACUUCGAAGACACAGAGACAGCCUACGCGAACAUCACGAGCGACAAAUUGAGACGUUCGCUUCUCGUUCUGCGUCUCUCGUCUCUAGAUGCGUUCGCCGAUCGAAGUCUUGAGCUAAUGAAUAUUGGCGAGCGCAUCUUGCCAGAGAGAUUGUACGAGGCGCUGAUGAGGCGGACUUUCUAUGGCCAGUUUAUAGCGGGAGAGACAGAGGAGGAACUGUUGAAGACCACAGAGCGUUUCUUGGCGAUGGGAGUGCGAAGCAUCCCUCAAAACACUCUAGAAAACGAAUUGACAGAGCAGGAAGUCCUGGCAACCGACCUUAGUGCUGUUGCAGAAAAGCCACUAGAAGACAAUGCAAUAAUCAUCCAAAAGAAUACGGCAACUGGAGAGAAACUUGCACAAGUUGGUGGUCAGACUGACCACAGCAACACCAAAGUAGUAUUCAAAAUGUCGGCCAUUGUACAUCCCAAACUUCUGACCCGUUUGUCGUCAGCAAUAUGUUCUGAUGGACAGUUUCCUGUGGUCACUGCUGUUGAGCUUGAAGCAUUGAUGGAGAAAGCUGCUUACGCCGGGGGAUACAUCGAUUUGUAUACAAAGGCAGUGGAUAGGCUGGAUAGACUUAUUCAAGAUGUAGAGGCCAGAAAGUUGAGUGUACUCAUCGAUGCUGAGUACAGUUACAUGCAGCCAGCUAUACGUGCUCUCGCUUUAUACAUGCAGUCGAAAUACAACAAACAGCGUCCACUCGUUUACAAUACUGAGCAAGCGUAUCUGAAGGAAGCUGUUGAAGUCAACAAAACAAAUCUUCGAAUUUCUGAUCUGUCUGCGUUUCAAUAUGCUACCAAAGUUGUUCGAGGUGCUUACAUGGACUCCGAGCGAGUUCUUGCAAAACGAACCAAAACGCCCGAUCCGAUCCAUGCCACGUAUGAAGAUACGAACGUGGCGUACGAUCGUGUGGUGAAUGCCCUUCUGCAGCGUGCAGCUCUUUCUGAAGCUGGAGUGUUGGUUGCUACGCACAAUGAGAGCUCGGUUGGCUAUGCUGUAGGGAGGAUGCAGGAACUGGGCAUCGACAGGCAGAAUGGGACCGUCAGUUUCGCACAGUUGAUGGGCCUAUGCGAUCACGUCACGUUCAGACUCGGUCGAGAUGGCUAUCUGGCAUACAAGGUUGUUCACUACGGGAACAUCAAGAGUACUCUACCGUUCCUGUGCCGCCGGGCACAAGAAAACCGCAUGGUUUCCAAAGGAUUUCGUCGCGAGCAGGCGCUCAUACAGAAAGAAUUAUCCAGACGCCAAACACUAACCUAACGGUCAGUGACAGAUACAAAAACAUUCUCAGUACAGACAGCCGUGCAUGAUUGCCAUACAUUAUUAGACAUUGAUUUUCAAUUACAUAUCAUACAAAGGGUGUACCAAGUCUCGUUUGUGAGAUAAAACACAAUGAGCCCAACAUGAUUCUAG